UAUAUCAUGAUCUCCGCCUUUCUAGCGUUGGAACCGCCCGACGUCGUAAUCUCCUACGCCAGGGAACUUGGUGGCGGUUCCAUCACCGAGAGUGUACAGAGGUGCAUUUGGCUCCGAUGCAUCAGCAAAGCAGAUUUGAAGUUGCAGGGGCCUUUCCUGAAGAGAUUUCUGAAGAAGUUAAUCAAUGAAAUUGAAUCCAGUGGCGAGAUGGUGCUGGAUGAACUGUAUGAAUACUACGCAUCAUGCUUGGUUCCUCUAAAGGAUGAUGGUGCUAAUGCUGGGAACUCGAAACUAUUGAAAACAAUCUCUUUUAUUUUUCCAAAUGGGUCCACGAAAUUGGAGGUUCGACUUCGUUCUUCUGUUAACAUGCUUGAAGGAGAUACAGGGUGCUCUAUUUGGCCUUCAAGCCUUUUCAUGUCAGAAUUUAUACUUUCUUUCCCUGAACUAUUUUCAAAUAAGUGUUGUUUUGAGGUUGGUUCAGGGGUUGGAUUGGUUGGUAUCUGUCUUUCUUAUGUUAAAGCAUCGAAGGUGAUACUAACUGAUGGUGACUUCUCAACUUUAGCAAAUAUGAAGGUCAACUUGGAACUGAACAACCUGUCCACAGCAAAUCACACAUUGGACUCUCAUUUACAUGAAAAAAUGGUCCAAUGUGUUUGUUUGCCUUGGGAAUCUGCCUCAGAGGAUGAUCUCCAUUGCUUCGCCCCUGACAUUAUUUUAGGUGCUGAUGUUAUAUACGAUCCGUCAUGCCUUCCUCAUCUCGUACGAGUCCUGUCAGCUCUCUUGAAACGCAAACACGCUGGUCUCCAGUCUGAUGCUUCCCCGGAGAAAGGAGCUAGGGAAGGAGAGCAGCACCCCGUUGCAUAUAUCGCAUCUGUGAUUCGUAACAUCGACACCUUCAACUAUUUCCUUGCGCUGGCUGAGAAGGCCAAUCUUGUAGUCACCGACCUCACUGAAGUGAUCAAAGUGUCAGACUUUCUUCCUUACCUAAGAUCUUAUGAUCGACCUAACAUUAAGAUAUUUAGAAUUUAUGUGUAAACCAUUAGCCAAAUCCUUCCCUUUUUCAGCCUUAUGGGUUUGGUUGCACUUGUAUGAAUAGUUGGAUUAUUAUUACUAUUUGAUUAAUGUUUA